AUGACAGAAGAUAGCAAUCCUCCGCCAGUCCAAAGUGAGCCAGCUUCCGAAGCCAAUUCCUCCUCCGACAAUGGACCUGCUCCCGUCUCAGCCGAGGUGCGCUCGCAUGACGUCCAUCAUGAACAAGUCCAGCAUCAUGAGAAAAAGGAGCAGGAACCGUCAAUUGGCCGGCUGACACCGCGACCGACCUACAUGGAGCAUCUAGCCAAUUCACGGGACUCGCAGUUCCAUCUCGAUCGUCGGAACACCAGCGAGCUGGAGCAUUACUUUCAUGGACCGCGCAAUAUGGACAAGCAUUCCAAAUGGCCCAUUUUCAUGCGGAUGCAUGGCAGUGUCAUGCCGAAGAUGAUCCUGCCUAUUCUCUUCGUGGGGGCUUGGUCAACGUUCAUUACUUGCUUCUGCAAAUACAUUCAUAACAUUGGGGUCAAUGACAUCCUCCUCACCGUGCUGGGUUUCGUGGUGGGAUUGGCACUAUCAUUUCGCAGCUCGACGGCAUAUGAAAGAUGGGCAGACGGUCGAAAGUACUGGUCCCUUCUAAUCCAGACCUCUCGCAACAUUGCUCGUACGAUCUGGGUCAAUACUUCUGAACGAGAAGGAGAAAAAGGCAAAGAGGAUCUUCUGAAAAAGCUUACGGCGAUGAAUCUUCUCCUGGCUUUUGCCGUUGCUCUCAAACACAAGCUCCGAUUUGAGCCAGAUAUCGCAUACGAUGAUAUCGCCGGUCUCGUUGGGCACCUAAACACCUUCGCUCGCGAUGCUCAUGACAGUCAUGUUGUUCAGCCACGACCGAAGACUCUGUGGAAGGCCGCUGGAGAAUAUCUGGGUGUGUCGUUUGCGACGUCCAACCCGCGCAAAUUGGUCAAGCGGUCUAAGAAACCGUUGGGUCACUUGCCUCUGGAAAUACUCAACCAUCUCUCUGCUUAUAUUGACUCGUGCGUGGCGAAUGGUACACUUACUUCUAGCCUUCAUCAAGGACAAGUCAUUACCGGGAUGUCUUCACUAAACGAGGUUCUGACAGGUACCGAGCGCGUGCUCGAUACCCCUCUACCAAUGGCGUACACCAUUGCCAUAUCCCAGAUAUCAUGGAUCUAUGUCUUAGUCCUUCCCUUCCAGCUAUACAAGUCGCUAGGCUGGGUCACUAUCCCAGCCUCAAUUGUGGCGGCAUACAUCAUCCUCGGCCUUGCCACUAUCGGCAGCGAAAUCGAAAAUCCUUUCGGCGAGGACGUGAAUGAUCUACCCAUGGAUACGUACUGCCGGCAAAUUGCCGUGGAGUUGGACGUAAUCACAGCCACUCCGCGGCCAGAUGUGAACGAGUUCAUAAAUAGCGAAGAUAAUCUGGUAUUGUUCCCGCUCAGCCAGUCUGGUUUCCCAGCUUGGAAGGAGCGCAGCAUGACGGAUAUCCGUGGCGCGCUUCGGACGAAGGUGGUUGCCAGCCCGGUAUCUGCUGCUUCAGAUGCUUCGACUGUUGUUGUGGAUGUUACCACCAAAUCUGCGUCGUCUGUUUAA